GCAUUAUAUGACGCAUGAUUUAAACGUCCUAAAUAAUCUGUUCUUGUUAGUUAUUACAAUUAGAACGGCUAUACGCGCAUGACAAUGACAACAAAUUUCAAUGCGCAUAGUCAAAACAUUGCGCAUUUCGUUGGCUAACCUCUCCGAGUCGAUCGACCGAGGUUCCGUAGCAGAGAAGAGAAAGUCUUUCACUUCAUAAUUGUGCUGUAUUUUGGUGCUUAGUGCGUGCUGAGUGACAUCAACGGGAUUUGAUUUGAUUGAACUGUCAGAAACAAAACUACAAGAUGCCGUCAGCAACGCCACCAGCAGAAAAUGGCGCGCCGCGCAGCGAACUCGAGCAGCUGCAAUUACGCGCGGGCCAGGUGACUGAUGAGUCCCUGGAAUCCACUCGGCGUAUGAUGAUGCUUUGCGAGGAGAGCAAGGAGGCUGGCAUUCGUACUCUGGUCGCUCUAGAUGACCAGGGAGAACAAUUGGACAGGAUCGAGGAGGGAAUGGACCAGAUCAAUGCGGACAUGCGCGAGGCGGAGAAAAAUCUGUCGGGUAUGGAGAAAUGUUGCGGCAUUUGCGUACUCCCCUGCAACAAAGGAGCAUCAUUCAAGGAGGAUGAUGGAACAUGGAAGGGGAACGACGAUGGAAAGGUUGUGAACAACCAACCUCAGCGAGUAAUGGAUGAGCGUAACGGCAUCGGUCCGCAAGCUGGAUAUAUUGGAAGGAUAACAAACGAUGCCCGUGAAGACGAGAUGGAAGAUAACAUGGGACAAGUUAACACGAUGAUCGGCAACUUGCGCAACAUGGCCAUCGACAUGGGCUCCGAACUCGAGAACCAGAACCGUCAGAUCGACCGCAUCAAUCGCAAGGGCGAAUCGAAUGAAACGAGGAUAACGCUGGCCAACCAGCGCGCGCACGAGCUCCUCAAGUAAACGACGGCAGCACACACAAAUCACACAUGUCUCGUGGUUCGGCCGGUUGCCAUAUCCCAAAACACUAUAAACAAACAAAAUACUUUAUUAAUAAACCUAAAAUUACCAUUCAAAUUUUUUUCCUGAGGUUCACAUUUUUAUUUCACUCAUUUUUUUUAAACCGUCUCUUUGAAUGUUUAAUCUGUGGCGUCUUAGAUAAAAUUUUUAUUUUCGAUUAAAUUAAUACCACUGCAACUGGCCAAUUAAAUCAGUUCGAGUAAUAACCUAGUGUUUACUCUUUCAUAUAACUAACUAAUAAUUAAAAAGACCUUGAUUAUUGUUAAUAUAAUUAUUAAAUAACCUAUUUUUGUGCUCUCCUUUGUGUAAUCAACGCUCAACAUAAAAUAUAUCAAUUUGGUGUCCAAUCUAUGGAGACCAAGGCGUGUUAGAAAAAAUAAUAAUCAUGAAAUAUACCUUGUAAUAACCUUGACGUAGAAUGUUGAAUAUUAAACUUUAUUAUUUUAUUAUAAUGCAUUUACCUAUUGUUAAUGUUACUAUAUUAGAAAAUAAAAACAAAACGCAUGUGUCUAUAUUUAAAAACAUGAUAACCAAAUUAAUUAUCUUAUUCGUGUUAAAAAUAUACUUAAAAUUUAUAUAGAAAUUCAAUUAUAAUUGUAAUCAUUGUAGCUGUAACGAUAAGAAUAAUUUAAGAUGGUUAGAUCAAAUCGGAUGAGUUGAUAUGUGAUAAUAGUUCGAAAUUAAGAUAUUAGUGUUAGACAGACAUGUCUCUGCGAAUAUUUGAAUCUGACUAACAGAUCUUGAAGACAUUUCAUAGGAGCAUUUAUGUAAAAAUGUAAUUUAGUUCUGAGCUUUAAGAAGUAUUCAGCAAUACGCCGUUUUUUAAUAUUAAAUAGUCUAAAUAUUCUUAUUGUAGUUUUUUUUUGUUUAUUCUGUCUAUGGACAUUCCAUCUGAACUAUAGGAUUUUUAUCCACUUCAUGCAUAUCCUAACAACAUAUCUGCUUCUAUGAAUGGAUUAAAACAACAAAACAAUUAUAUAUAAUUAGUAAUUACAAAUAGAUAAUCAUAGAAAAUAUGAAAAUCAUAUAAAUUCAAACGAAUUCAAACUGUCUAUGACGUAACUUUUUUUUUGUUAAUGACUAUUUUAUGCGAGAUUAUCCUUUAAAUUAAAUGAAUUAGUUAAUCAAUGAAUACAUUAAUACUUUAAGUAAUAAACCAAAUGAAAAGAGAGAUUCGUGAAAAAUGGUAAAUAAUCGAAAAGGUCUUACUUAAUAUUCUCAUUAAGAUAACAUUAAUAAUAAUUAAAAAGAAAAAAAAUACUAUGUCCCAUUAACACGCUUGACGUUUAACAUAAUGCAUAGUGUAUACGAAAAGUUUCCAUUACCUCAACCACGAGACAGACACAAAAACACAAACACAGACAGAUCUGCGUCAAAUACCGGUGAGAGUAACGAGACACGUAUAGCGGUUGCAAAUCAGCGAGCGAAUAAGCUACUCAAAUCUUAAACAACACGUCAAUGUGUCAAUCUGUCAAUGUUGCACGUUAAAAAAUUUGACGAAAUGGUGUUGCCGUAUUAGAAAAUUUCCCAUACAACAACGAAUUCCGGCUGUUCGCAAAUAAUAAUCAAAUUAUUUGUAGUUAUAAUAGUCAUAUAGUAAAAGUUAUUUAAAUUAUGGUUUUGUUUUAAUAAACGUUAUGGCAACAUCUUUUUGCGCAAUUUUUAUUUUUAAGUUAUAAACAAAUAUAUAAAUAGAUAACCGUUGUAUAUUCACGAAGACAAAAUAAACUGUAAUAAAUCAUUUUAAUGCACUGGUAACACUAUUAAUGUGACCUAUUUACUUUGUUGGUUAGUAAAGUGUAUCGAAAAUAUACUUUUAUGUGAGUUAAUGGUGAGAGAUACGAGCCGGAAUAAUGUAACUCUGUCUUGCCAUAUGUGUUUUGGAGACGAACAAAAUAAAUAUUUAAUUUGCACGUAUUUUUACUUUAGGUAAUGUGCCAAAAUUCCUUUCUAUUCACUAUCGUCUGUAGACGUGUUUAAAAUGACACCAAUUUCAAUGUACCUUGAGUAUGUUAUAAGAGUGAAUAGCUUAUAAUACUUAAUUUUUGCUAGAAACAAUAACAUUGUAAGGAAGUACCAAUUUAGCUCAAAUAUAGAACAGAUAUUUUCGAUAGAAAAAAAAUAGAUAUCCUCGGCAAAACUCGCUGAUAUUUUCUCGAACGGCAUUUAAAAUAAUAUCUUAGAUUAUAGACAUUUGAAUAUCUAAAAAUAUAGUGAGAUAACGUUUACUAUCUUUAAGUUUGGAAUGUAAAGUUGGCGUUACAUGUAUGACAUACAACUAUUAUUUUGUAAUUAACCUUUAACCCAUAUUAUUAAUUUCAAAUAUAAAUUGUUUUUUACGAAAUUAUAACUUUCAGAAAUAUGCUUUUUAUUAAUUUAUAGAUUAAGAUUAUGGUGCCUAUAAUACUUUUUGUAAGUUUAAUUUUAAUCUGUGCUAUAGAAUAAUUUAUAUUUUAUCUGUUCUAUUUGUCAUAUUGCUUCACAGUUGUAGUUUUAUUUAAGGAACGGAUUUGGCGCAGUUUUCAUUUCAAUUGGUGUUGACUAACAUCUACAAAAUUACUAUAAAAUAUUAAUAUCUUGUAAUUCUCGUAACUUACGUUGUAACCAGUUAAUAAGCAGCGUUGUAAUGUGAUUACAUUAAUAUGCAAUAGUCUAUUUAAUAGUUGAAUAUUAAAAAAAUUUAUUACUUAAAGUAUAUUGUUGUAAGUAUGAUUAAGGCGGUCGCUUGGUUUUAUUCACUGUCGCUAUUUAACAAGUAUUGCCAUAACGAAAUUAUGUGUAUAAUUUAAAGUAUUAAACGACAUACCAAUGUGUAUGUGUAGACGCGAAGUAGCUUAUUUAUUUUGACAUUAUAACUUAGAGUUUAGCUCAAAAUCUAAUAUAUGAAUAUAUAUAAUCCUGACAUUAAUAAGUGAGGGAAUACACAAAUUCUUUUGAUUAUCAGAUCUGUAGCAACCUUUUUUUAGCUUUAGGACGUGAUAAUAAUUGUUGAUUAAAUUAAGAAUUUUGAUUUAAAAAAAAGGUUGAGCAAUUUUUUUAUUUUUAAAAGUGGCAGUGAACGAAACUGUGCAUACCGCCUUAUAAAGAUGUACCGGCCUUAGGAAUAAUGAUAGGAAUGUUAAAAGGAAUGGCUUGACUUAUUAUACUCAUGUACAGGGGGCCACUGACCAAAGCCAUGGUUUCAAACUAUUUCCAACUCUAUUCAAAAAUUAAAGUUUUCAAUAUUUUGUAGAAAUUUUGACACUUUAAUGGUGGCCCUCUGUACGGGCGUUAGUUUUAAGAAUUUUCAAAAUUUUCUCUAUUCUCUCUCGAUCGUAUUAGUUAAGUAGCGUGGGCCGAUAACCGCACGUUUUGUCUAAGUACAUAUUCCAAUAAUAAAAUAUUUUAACUUUAUCUUUAUUAAAAUAUAGUAUUGAGUUAUUAAGAUCAAUUUAAUCAAUAGAUGUGUAUACCGCCUGCGCAAAUAUAUUCAUUUAUAUUCAGCCUAAUAUUAUCUAUUACAGUAUAUAGAUAAAUUAUAUCUAUUUUCUUUAAGAAUAGAAUAGUUAGUAUAAAAUGUUAAUUUCUAAUUAAAUUAUUGAUUUGUUAAAAUUACCUAUAAAA